GAGCUGUAACAUAUAUACGAUAAAAUGUGAUUUCUGCAAUGACAACAACCUCAACCAUCGAAGCAUCAUGUAUAACUUAGGCAUCUCACGAGUGUAUGCAGAUCACCUAUAUGAUGGAUUUCUUUUGAAUAAGGAAGACAUCAGCUCUCCCUUUUCAUCUUGGAAUGCCUUUAGCAGUAACAGCCAGCUGGUCCUGGGAGUCCUAUUAGCAGGUGUUGGCCGUGUUCUGCACCUCCAGAGAGGAGUGAUGUCUAAGGGGAUCUUCCGCAGUGAUUCAUUUGUUAUCAAGACUUUAGAUAAUAAACAGGUACACACUGGAAGUGACUGUGUGCUUCAUCAACUUCCAAAGGACAAGGACAUAUCUUGCCACCUUCUGUGCGUCAAUCUCACUAGAGAUGAAGUUUCAAGAAGAACUAUUGCACGAGACCUGUCUCUUUUGCAGCCUUUAACAGUGGUGAUCUUCACUGAACAAAAGCUUGUUGCAGAGGAAUCAGAAGAUGGUUGGAAGAUUAGUAUUGAAGGGAAAGAUCGGCUGUCAUUCCACCUCGAUGAAAGAACAGCCAAGUUCAUUUUCCAGCUACGGAAUAUUACAAAAGAGACAGUGAACUACAUAGUUGAGACCAGGGGGUUGGACAAUGAAGUGCCACCUCGACAUGAAGUUGAAACCUUCUGUGAUACCCUUUUGAGUUUUAUUAACAGAUUGUUUGAAACCAGUGAAAACUAUAAUAAAUUCCAGAAGCUUAAAGAAAACGAGGACUUAGGCUUCUAAAUAUUGUUUAUGUAAUAUUUCUCAAGGAUGGAGGUAAAUAUUUCCAUAUGCAAUGUGUAUUAGUCCAUGCAGUGGUGUAUAUAUAAAAGAAAGGGACUCCAAGUUCUUUUUGUAAAUUGUUGAUGUUAUUUAAGUUUUU